AUGCCUUCAAAAAAAAGUGAUCGAAAACAAGAGAAAUCACAAUCACCCUCAGAUGAAGGAGCUCAGACACCGAUAGAAAUGGUUCAACCCAUCUCAGAAAACGAAGGAAGAGGUGCAUUCCGGAAACUAUUCAUGAAAUUGGGAGAAAAAGUUGGCACUAUUAAAACUUCUGAGCCAAGCGCGGAUUACAUAAGUCGAGUACAAGAAGCUGACACUUACAAACAAGUUCUUUGCCAGCUAGCAGAAAGUGUUAUGCAUGUGCUGCAACAAAAUCCAAAAUUAGUGCCCGAAGCAGAAUCGAAAAUGGAAUUUGAAUGUCCUCCAAGUCAGGACCCACUUGAACAAUUAAGUUUAACUCUAGCAUCGAUGAGAGAUAAUUUUUCUGCCCACAAAACUGCUCUCGAGGUGUGUAUCGAUACAUGCGAAAAAUUGGCUGGUUUGCGUCGUGCCUAUCAUAAAAAGGGACGAAGGGCACUUCAUUUCAUACGAACAUUUAUUAAUGUUGAUUAUGUGGUUCUCAAUGAUGAACGCCAAACACUUAUCAAACGACGGCAACAGAUGGACUUUGCAAAACACGAAUAUCUCAAUAAUCCUUCUGCGCAAAAAAAAGAAAGUUGUGAUAGAGCAGUCGCAAAAUUUAACGAGCAGUCUGAAGUGGUCUUCGACGCUUUAGAAAAGCUUCAAGUUAAGAAAGAAAAACACCGUUUGGAAUUGAUUAAAGUUCUGGAAGAAAUGCGAAAAUAUCACAAGGGUGCUGCAUUAGAAUGUUCCCGAGUUUCCAAGGUGAAGUGGUGA